CAGGUACAGAGGAAACCACAGUCAAAUUCCGAGUACUAAAACCAAUUGAUAACCACUUCCUUCUCAGCUCUUCAGAUAAAUUAGUGAACCUCCUUUGAACACAUCAUCUUUGGUCCUUGGAGAGAGUCACAGAGCUUCAUUAUGGUGGCUUGCGAAAGACCACUUCUAGGCCUGGCUUUGGCCUGCAUUGGCUUACUGGGGAGCAUCAUUAGCUGUGCUCUCCCUACAUGGAGAAUCAUGACAGCCUUCAAAGAUUACGAAAUGCUCUUAUCCAUUGUGGAGGGUUUAUGGAAGAGAUGUGCGAUCUUACCAACAGGUGAAAUGCAGUGCAUGGGGUACGAGUAUAUACCGUUACCUGAAGACAUGAAGGCUGCCAGAGCACUUAUCAUCAUUGCCAUUAUCAUUGAGGUUCUUGGGAUCCUGCUUGGUGUGGCUGGGAGAAAUUUUAUGAACUUUGUGCCAGACGAAAGGCAAAGGAGCAAAAUGGCUCUGACUUCUGGAAUUGCCUUCCUCAUUGCAGGCUUCUUUUUUCUCAUACCAGUCAGCUGGACCACCAACACCAUCAAUGAUCAUUUUCAUCCUACCCAGUCUCCUUAUGGUCCUGAUCAUGGGGUACUUAAAAAGAUGGAUUUGGGAGCCGCGCUCUACAUUGGCUGGUUCACCACCGUCCUUCUGUUCCUGGGAGGAGGCCUCGUCUGCAGCUCCUUUUUCCGCAGAAGUGGAACUGAGUAAAAUAUUACUUCAACUCUGUGUAAGCAAGGCCUUACUUAUCGCUUUUUAAAUAAGGCCUACUUUUAUACAUCGAGCAGUUUUUUGGGAAUAAGAAAAAGGAUUUAUGAAAGUUUUCACCUCAAGUUUGUCAUUUGAAUGAGUAGAUUAACAAAGUAUAAAAUCAGAUUCAAAUAGAAAGAAAUAUUUACAUUUACAGUUUGAUUGUGUAACUUGAUUCUGAAUGUAUUUUGAGGUAUCCUACACCAUUUCCUAUUUUUUUUUUCAUUUAUUGUUUUUGUUAUUUACUCUGUUAUGUGGAGACAGACUUUACUUUUUAUUUUGGUAAACUGCUAUGAUUUCUGACUAUGUAUCGACUGGUUUAAGUCUAUGUUUUUUUAUCUUUCAUUACCAUCUCUUUAUUAAAUUGACUCAAAAUUGAUGAUCAUGGAAUUGUUUUUACAUAUAAAUAUAUUUGAUUGAUUGUUUACAAGUAAAAUUGAUCUCAAAUGAAAAUUAAUAUUUCUGAGCAUGUAAAAUAAUCUUUUGCAUCUCUUUUUGUUGUCCUCCUUUGUUUGUUUGUUUUUGUUUUGUUUUUGUUAAACCGGCUCAAUAGGGCAUAGCUUUAAGCGGGUACACAUGCCAGCGGCCAGCCGGGUUUGAGUCCCCUCGCAGCCCUUUGCCGCAUGUCUUCCCCUCUCUCUGCCCCUGCUUUCCUGUCCUCUUUACACUGUGCCCAUUGAAUAAAAAGUUGAAAAAGGCCUAAAAGAAAUAUUACAGAAAACGGACAAUAACAUAUUAUGAAUGACUUUAUAAAAGAUUUCAUUUGAGAGUUUCACAUUUUAGAAUAAAAUGACAAGAUGAUUUUAAAAAGUGUUAACAAAGACCACACUGCCAAACUUGACUCGGUGUGUUUUUAAGUUUACAAAUGAUACAUUAAAAAAGACAACUAAGUUUUUAGGUUUUUAAGUUGUGGAAGACAAGUCAGAGUUGACAAAGUGUCAAUUUCUGUACUUAAACACAUCUGUUGUGUCAAACAGUAACUAACAAAAGCAUUUAGUUUAGACUGGAGAAAUUUCAAAAGUUUUUUUGUUGAAUGUUGUCAUAAAGUUUUUAAUUACAAAUAAUACUGAAUUAUGUUUGUGGGCAAUACUUCGUCUCUGGUGUAAUAAAUGCUAUUAAGCUUAUUGAAAAUGAAGAUUAGUGUUUGUUUGGGUUUUUUUUUUUU